AUGGAGGAAUGUGGCUUGAAGGAACUGCAGUAUCUGCGCGUGUCGCGAGACCCGCGGCGCUACGUGCGCCCCAACGAGCGGACGGCGCUGCUGUCGCCACCGCCAUGCGCUCCCCGCCCCCGCACCCGCGGCCACUCCGCGCGCCGGCCCCCGCCGCGCCUGCUCAUGCUGGUGACGUCGGCGCCAGCGCACCGCGAGCACCGCCAGGCCAUCCGCGAGACGUGGGGCGGCCGCAGUGCAGACGCGCGACUCGUCUUCGUGCUGGGCCGCGGUCGGGAACCGGUCGCCCAGCCCCCGGCAGAGGUACUCGAGGAAUCGCAGCGGCACGGCGACCUGUUGGUGGAGGACUUCACGGACGCGUACCACAACCUGACGCUCAAGACGCUGUUCCUGCUCAAGUGGGCGGUGCGCGAGUGCCCGUCUGCGGAGUUCGUGCUCAAGACGGACGACGACGUGCUCAUCAACACGCGCGGCCUGGUGCGCGCGCUGCCGCGCUGGGUGGCGCAGGCGCGCGGCAGUGCCGCCAACGGCCGCCUGGGCGGGCUGGACGCCGCGUCGGCGAGCGACCCGCACGCACACGAGAGA